AAUCAUCAGUUCACUGGUACAGAUCUUCCCAACCAACCACCAGCAGCCAUGAAGUUCCUGAUUGUCGCCCUGUCCGCUCUGGCCCUGGCCAGCGCCCAGACCACCACCACCAACAUCCCCCUCUCCGUGGUCGGAAACGCCGACGGAUCGGCCACCAUCAAGAUCGGAGCUGUCCCGGCGAUCCAGCUGCCGGCCACCGCCGUCACCGCGGCCAAGGGCGUCAUCGGACUGAUCAGCACCAUCGCGACCGGAGUGACCGCCGGCAGUAACCAGAGCACCAACCUGGCCGUGACCACGGACGCGACCACCGGUGCCAUCACGGUGUCCGUCCUUGGCCAAACCCUCACCCUGGACAAGACCACCAUCGGCAGCGUGUUCGGAAUUCUGAAGAACGUCAAGAAGGCCAUCGCCGCCGGAAUUCCCCGCCCGGUCAAGGCCUGGAAGGGAGGCAAAUCCCGCAAGCACUCCAACGAGCGCAGACACUAAGUCGCUGAGUCUCGGUUCUUGUGGCAUGUCUGUCAUAGAAUGAUGGAACGUGUCACAAAUAA